UAUUGUGUCAGCUGAAGUUUCGUGUGCCUUUAUUCAAAUAUUUGUAUUUUUGUAACAAUGAUAGUAUUGUGUGACAGCCGUAUUUUUGAGUCUGUGUGAAAAGCGUAUAUAAAAUUAUUUUUUGUAAAUAGUGUCUUCACGUUAAUCAAGUAAAAUAUAAGUUAUUUGUCUAUUACUCGUUAAGAUUACUUCACUGUAUAAUGUAUUAACUAUUUUGUUCAGUGGCAACUGGUGUUAAAGGUUUGGGCUAAGUUAGUUAGUAUCUGAUAAAGUAAGUUAAGAAUAGGAGGGCUUUCUUCUGUUGGUAGUCUUAGUAUUACUGUUACAGUGUUAGUGACAUUAGGUUACUUGUCGAAACCUGUAAAGUAGUAGACUUCUUUUUCGUUAUUUUCUACGUGUGCGCAGCUAUUACUAUAGUAUUACUAGUACGUUUGUUUUUAGUUUAAAAGUUAAAACUGAUUAACUAAAAGUGGUACGUGAGCGUACGGUUUGGUAUAACAACGCUAAGUUUACUUUAGCCUUAGCACGUUAGUUUUAGCUAAUUUUUAUAACAAGUUUUGAGUUAAUUCAACAUAGGCUAUGAGCAAUUGAGUGGCUAAUGCAAGCAUUUCUUGUCUAUAUUAUUAACACAAUUGAGAAAUAUUAUGGCAGUGGUUCAGCAAUCCAUGAGACUACUACAUAGCAAUAUUAUUAAAGAAAUUGAACAACAACAGUUGCUAUCGGGAGGUGACAAAAAUAGAGUGCCCAUUUGUUAUGAAACAAGUCGACCAUCCUCAAGAGGUCCUGUAAAAAGUAGCAUGAUUCCAAAACCACUUCCUGAAUACCAGUAUACAAAAAAGGAACUACUUCAAAUUUCAAAGUUCCCUCUAGCCAAGAAGAGACCUGAAUGCUUGGACCCUGAGUUUAACAAUUCUUUUGGAUUAUGGAAUCCCUUGAAUUGGUCCUCUACUAUACGUCAUUACGAACAGUCUCUUAGAGAAGUCCUGAGACUAAAAUGUGAAAAAUCUUGUAAUACUGGUGUAUUCUAUAGAAGAAGAACACCAGCCCCUAAACAGCGUAUACUAAAUCCACAGAGAAAAGGUUUUGGAGCCAGUUGUCGUGUAUCUCAGCAGGUUUCGUUAUCUAAAAGAUCUGGAAGUCCACUUGAACCAAAAGAAUCACUAACUACCAUUCCCCCUAAAUCAAGUAGAAGAACAGGGAGUGUUAGAGAAGUAGCACAUGACAAAGAUCAAUGGGGUAGAGACAAGGACCUACAUGAAAAAGACUACAGAUACAACAAAUAUAUUGGAGAAAGAGGAUACAGCUUUGACCAAGAUAAUAAAGAAAAUGAAAGUCUAUAUUCUAGUCAGUAUGGCCAAUUCGGUGAACAUGGAGAAAGAUUUGGAAGAGGUCGAUCAGAUGGUUACGUUCCAGAAGAAGAGCCUGAGUGGUUUGUAGAAGGGCCAGCCAGCCAGUCAGAAACAGUUGAACUGGUAGGAAUGGAUGAGUUUAAACAAGAGAAAAAAAACAAAGAAGGAAGGCAAUCUAAGGAUAGUCCAGAAAUGAUGGUAACUGAAGAAGUUCAGAGAGAAAGUGAAACUGUUGAAGUAAAGACAGAGGAGGAAUCAGAGUCAAAACAAACAUCUCCCAGCUUUGAUAUCAAUGAACUUUUCAAGAGUGAUUUUCUUUCAAAACUGAUUCCAAAUGGUAUUUUAGAUGAGCCAUUAGUCAGCCAGGGUGUUGCAAGUAGCCGGUUCAGCCAGUGGUUUCAGAGAGACAGUCCAGCCCACAUCAGUCUUGGCUCUUGUUCAAAUAGUCGAAGAUCAUCUUUUCAGGAUGAAUUAGUGGCACAUGUAUUGUGUGAUGCUUUAGGCAUAAGAGAUUCAGUAUCUCCCACAUCAUUAAAACCACUUCAUGGAGAAGACAGUUUUCCUUCUGUUAGCCCUGUGCUUCCACAAAACUAUGGUCAAGAAAGAUUCAUCCAUCAACAGUUGCAACAGGAUGGGAAUAAGAGCAUCCUAGAACUUCUUCAAGUUGCCAGUAUAAAUUUGGGGUCAUAUUUGAAUGGAGAAUCGGAUAAGGUGAAGGAAUAUGAAAAAAUGAGAAAUGUUGAAGAACUAGAAGCUGAUCUCAAGAAGCUUGUGUUUGGACAGAACAGAGAGGAAGAGCAAGGAAACAAUGCUUUAAACAAACUGUUAAAUCAGAUAAUACAAGACAGAGAAUCACCCAUAAUGAUGAACAUUUCUCAGAUGGAGAAAAUGCAGGCUUGUGGAAGUGAUUUAUUGAGCAACUUGAUGAGAGGGGAUACUCCCACUCCCCCAUUACUUCCUAAUGUUACACCAGCGAUAACACCGAGUCAUAUCCCAUCUUCUACAUCCCCACAGCUGCCUUUGGUGGAGUGUGGAGACUUGAUGAGUCUCCUUAAGGGAGGAACCAGUCAUUCAGACAUGCAGAAUGCUCAAGCUUUAAUUGAUGAGAAACAGCAGACAGAGUUUCUGUCAAGUUUACAAAAAAAUCCUCCUCAGCAGCAGCCUCAAAGGUCUCAUGUACAGAGCCUUGAAAUUCCAACAGUGUCCAGUGGACUUGGUCCAGAUCAGUCUUCUUUACCAUAUACAGGCCAGGGCCACAUUUCUCCUAUUGUAUUUGGGCAGCAGCCACCUUUGAGUCAUGCUCCAGCUCCCAUCCAUCCACCACAGUUAUCUCGGAACACGAGCACCCUACUAGUGCAGCCUGCUCCUGUUUUGCCUCGUGUACCCUCACCCCAAGAACUUGCUGUCCACACUCAGUCGAUUCUGCAGAAUGCUCUCAUCAAAAGAAAGCUAGAAGAACAGAAGAAAAACUUUAUACAACAACAAAAGGCUCAAGGGAAAUCUUCCACAAGUGUCUCCUCUGUGAUGAAUAAACCUGCUACUGUUAGAGGCACUUUGCCAAAGAGACCAAGUCCUACAAUGGCAGCCUUCACUCCAACCUCAGUGAUGAGAAAAAUGCAAACUGAAAAGAAUGAAAAGGGAAGAGGAUCUGUCAAAAAAACAACCCAGCCAGAUGCAGACACCACUAAAAGAAAUAAUACAGGCCCUGGCAUCACUUCAGUACCUACUGUGACAGUGAACAGUGACACAACAGAACCAGGGCUCUGUCCAACACAAGUGCAGGGAAACAACAUUGCAAAUGGUGGUGAAUGCCCCAAACAGCAACAGAAACCUACGAAAGGUGGAGUUACAACCAGUAAUCACACAAUACCUGGGCCUGGCCGACCUAUUGUAAAAGGAUCCACAGGUCAGGGUACAGCAGGUGACCAUUUUGGUCGAGGAGGGGGCAGAACUGUAGCUCAAGAAUCUGCAGCUAAACUGAUUGAACAGCAAUGCAUACUUCAGCGACAACAAGCACAAGCAUUUCUAGCUGUCCAGCGACAACUAAACACCUCUUUAAUGCCUCCUACAACAUUUGGAAUGGGACCUACUGGAUUGAAUGCUAGUUUGGUGAGACCUGGAAGUUUUGGUCUUGGACCUAACUUGAAUUUAAUUUUGCUUCGUAAUAUUGUCCAGAAUAGCUUGAACAACCCUAACAAUCGAGGUCCAUGGUCCUUGAACUACCUUGCCUAUCUUUUGGCUCUCCAGCAACAAAGAGGACUAGAUAUCAGACAGUUGCAAGCCCUAGCACAUGCUCGAGGAAUACACCCACUGAGCUAUCAGCAACUCCAACUUCUUCAUUCUUGGAAUCAAGCAGCAAUGGUCAGUGGCACUCCUAACAUGAACCCCAUGUCAACUGGAGGUUGCUAUGGUAAUCUUGCUAGUUCAGGAAGACCAGGUCUUAUUCCUAUUCAAGGGCCAUCAAACCAGCAGUCUCCUGUGAACUUGGCAAAAUGGUUUGGAAGUGAUGUCUUGAAACAGAAAAUGCCUGAUAUGCCACCAGUUUUCCAACAAAGAGCUUAUUUAGCUGAAGAAUUAGAAAGACAGCAGCUAGCUGCUACUAUUAAAUAUUAAGUUCCUGAAAUUAUUGAAUAAAGCUGCUUUUUUGGAGCUCAAGAAAUAAAUCCAGUCCUUAUAAAUUCUCUCAACUGAAUGUAUCACUUUUUCACAUUUCCAAACAUUUGUUUAUCAGUAGCACCAGAAGUUGCAAAUUUUUGCUGUGAAUCUUCACCUAGGUUAUUUUUCAUGAAUUUUUCCAACUGUAUAGGCAAUAGCACCAGAUAAGAGAUAUUUGGUAUGAAACUGUCUUCACCUACAUAGCUUUUCUUUGAACUCUCACAAAUACAAAUAUUUGAUGUGAAUCUUUCACUUAGAUUACUGUUCUUGAUUUUCUUUGUUAAUUUAAGUAUUAUUAGUAACAGUGGAAGAUAUGUGGUGAUUCAUUGUUUGUAUUAAUUUUCCUGAACAGAGUGAUACCAGUAUUAGUUCUAUUCAGUUUUUCCCAACCUGAAUGUUAUCACCAACUCCACUAAUAAUGGAUAUUCUACGUGUACUUGUCAUCUAUAGUAAUUUUAUUAAAUUCUUCCAACUUAGUGUUAUGAUGUUAAAGAAUAACAUGUUCUGGGUGGAUCUGUCAACUAUAUUAGUUUCAUUGAAGUUUCUAUUUAUUUAUUGCUAACACCAGGAGUAAUGGAAUGUGUGUUUGCUCAUCAUUUGCAUUAAUUUUAUUGUAAUUUCCAAACUAAAUUGUUAUCAUGAUAUCCAGGAAUAAGAUGUUCUUUGUGGAUCCAUCAUCUGUAUUAGUUUUAUUGAACUUCAAAAUCUAAAUGUUAUCACUAACAUAAUAAAUAAAAUUGUGUGCAUGAGUAUCUAAUUUUGUUUUAUUGAACUUUCUCAACCUCAAUAUAAUCACAAAACUCCAGGAAUAAUAGAUUUUCUCUGUGAAAUAGUUAUCCGCAUUACUUUUAUUUAAUAUUUCCAUUUUAAGUUUUAAUAUCGGCACCAAAAACUUUUGGUGUCUGUGAUCUUCAAACCAACUUCUCUUUUGUAAAAUAUAUUCAUGUUACCUCACAACAGCGUUGUCUGUAUCUGAAACAGUAAAUUGUGACUAUUAGUUUUAUCUGUUUUGUUCACACUUUGAAUUCUAACAUUAACAAGGUAUUUGUGGCUAAUAUAGUGAAUUUUGUCUGUGAAAUGAAAAAUAUUCAUAUCAUCUCUUAAAAUCUUCUAUUGUUUGUUAUUUUGUGUUCAAACAUUGAACCUUAAGGCUGUGAUACAAUUAGUGAUUGUUUUUUAAUGUGUGUUUGCAUGAUCAGUUUUUGUGGUUAAAUAUAAGGUGAUAAAAAAUAAAGUACUCUAAUUACACUGAUACAUAAAAAGUGAGGACUAGAGUGGUUUCUUUACUUGUUUAGUUUCAGUUUUAUGCCUUUAAAGUUGAUAAGGCUUGUCUUUGUUUACUAGAAGUGUAUUGUACAGACAAAAUUGUGUGAAAUAAAAAGAAUGCAAAAAUGUUAAGUAAAUCAAAAGUUCUAUUUUUAUGAUAAGAGUGUACAUUAAGUAAGUUUGUAAAAACUGUUAAGUUUCAUGUUUAGUUUGUAAUAAUUAUAACUUAAAUUGUUGUACUGUGUGUAUUGUUUAAUAUCUAAAUAAUAAGUUGUUUUUUUUAUUGUUUGUGAGUGUUUAUUUUUUGCUGUGAAUUUUUUGUUACUUUUGAAGUGUUUUAUCUUGAAUUGUGUAGGAGGUGGUGUGCUAGUUAGAGUAACACUUCAUGGAAUAAGAUGUUUCAUGGAGAGUCUUAUAGCACCACAGAAAGAUUCCCUUAAGGAACACUGUCUGGUGUGAAGAUUUUUGCCUUAGUAGGAUAUAGGUUUCAAGAAAAUACAGUAUGCAUAUAUAUGUGUGUAAUUUAAAUAAAUACUUCCUAAUGUACAAAUAUAUAUAUUUGGUUAAACAAAUUAUAAUAAUGUUGAUCUCCCAAGAUUAGGCUUAGGUGCUGGAAAGAAGAUUAAGAAAUCUUAUAUAAAAAGUACUUUAAUCUAGGUUCUUGUUUGUUUUUUUUUCAUGUAUCUCUGUAACAAAAUAGAAAAACUAUUGGUUCUCAUUUCUUCCAAUGUUAGGGUGUAUGUUUCCCAAAUAUUCUGACGAAGUAUGUCAGCACUUAUAACCUUAAAUCUGAAUAUUUAAUUAGUUACAUGGCUAUUAACAUUGGUGUGGGCUUUUUUUUCUUAAUCCCUCAGAAAAUUUUGUAAAUGCGUAUUUUUUCUUCAACUCUAUGAAUGAAAAUUAUGAAAAGUAUAAAUGUUUAUAAAGUACCUACUGUGCAUUCUUGCGUUUUAUAAAGUAUUUUCUGUGUAUAUAUAAUUUCGGUUUAUAAAAUUCUUAAUUUUUUUUUCGUGAUUCCAUGUUGUCAAUGAAGAUAAAGUUUAGUUUAAAACGCUGUUUGAUGUAAAAUUUUCGUUCUUCUCAAAGGUCCGGGAAGAGUACUUCUAAACUCUUAAGUGACUUUUUCCUACUUGGGUGUGUAGAUAUUCUGAUGUAAUUUACUAUUCAGGUGAAUGGUUGUUCAGAUUUAUUUUAAUAUUCUCACCUUAGGUAUUUCAUUCUUUGAACAAUAGAAUUUUUCUUAUUAAAUAACCUCGUUCAACAAAAUAACUUGCAGAACAUUUAAAGCUUUUAUGUAAUCUCAUAAGUAGAUAACUUUAUGCUUGUCACCUAGAUUAUUAAAUUUUUUUAAAUCUUAUCUAAUAAAUAUUAACAACACAGAUUAUCACAUUUGCAUAGGGAGAUUAUCAUUUGUAUAAAUGUUUAAUGUGUUAUCACACCAUAAAAAAAACUUUCAUAAACUCGUCAUGAAAUAUCAACAGUAAAAAAACGACUACUUAACUUUAUGGUUGCAUCUUCUAUUCGUUUGAGCCAACUACUAUUUUUAAGUGAUAUUUUACUAGAUUUUCUUUGUUUUUGUAUAUUUUGUUGUUUAUCAAGAACAUCCAGCCAAUAUUUUGUAUUGAUAAUUUUUCUUUGUGAUUCAAUAAAAAUCACUGUC